GCCACUGACAGUAGAGGCGUCCGGUUACUCCGCUCACUGGCGCUACACGCUCCCCCACAUCAUGGGCUAUUUUUGGCCAGAGCGUUAGCUGAUUAUUUAAAGUUUUGUUCCCUCCCUGUCUAUUUGGCAAGCAAUUGUGUGGAUGACAGCUCGGGAAAAGGGAGUUGGUGAGCAUAACACUCAUCUUGAAUUUGUCUUUAUCAUACUUCUAGUUUUUAUAUUUUGUGUUUGUAUAACACAGCCUGUCCCGGUGGGAUGAGAAGACAGCUGUCGCACACUAGUUUUCCAAAGAAGCGUCACUGGACGCGUCUCAAAUAAUACACUCUUUGACAGAAGCGCACUGCGCCGUGGCGCACCCUUGUCGCUGCUGCCUCUGUUCCUCUGUUAAAAGUUUGAGACUCCAACGCUGAGUUGCUUUUGAAGAUAUUUUGAACACAUUGUAUAGCAUCUCAUUCUUUGUUCCGACAAGUGGUGAUAUUUGAAUUAUUUACAUUUUUUAAGAAUAACAAGGCGCGUCCCGGAGCGUUCAAGAAGACAAUGGAGACUAACCCUAUACCCAUUUUGACCAUCCAAACGUCCCCUUUCGAUGACCAGAGACCAGGGACAAACGGCCUGAGAAAGAAGACAGCUGUUUUUGAAAGUAAAAAGAACUAUCUUCAAAAUUACAUCCAAAGUGUCUUGUCCUCCAUCGACUUGAGGGACCGUCAGGGAUGCACGAUGGUAGUGGGCAGCGAUGGAAGAUACUUCAGCCGGCCAGCAACAGAAGUUAUCGUACAAAUGGCAGCUGCCAAUGGGAUAGGACGUCUGGUCAUAGGACACAAUGGGAUCCUGUCCACACCAGCUGUGUCGUGCAUCAUCAGGAAGAUAAAAGCCAUAGGUGGGAUAAUCCUGACUGCAAGCCACAGUCCAGGAGGCCCAGGAGGAGACUUUGGGAUCAAAUUCAAUGUCGCUAAUGGAGGCCCGUCUCCAGACACAGUGAUGGAGAGGAUCCAUCAGGUGAGUCGCACACUAGAGGAAUACGCUAUUUGCCCUGACCUUCACAUCGACCUGUCCCGCCUUGGCCGCCAUGACUUUGAUUUGGAGAACAAGUUCAAGCCCUUCAGAGUUGAGAUUGUAGAUUCUGUUGAGAUCUAUCUGAACAUGCUGCGGGGGAUUUUUGACUUUGGUGCCAUUAAGAGCUUACUGACAGGACAACAGUUGAAGAUCAGAGUAGAUGCCAUGAAUGGAGUUAUGGGACCCUAUGUUAGAAGAAUCCUGUGUGAUGAGCUCGGGGCCCCAGCAAACUCUGCUGUUAACUGUGUCCCACUGGAGGACUUUGGAGGCCAACACCCCAAUCCUAACCCUGCGUUCGCCGCACCACUGGUGGAUUCUAUGAAGGGGGGAGAGUUUGGAUUUGGGGCUGCUUUUGAUGCAGACGGGGAUCGUUAUAUGAUUAUGGGUCAGAAUGGAUUCUUUGUGAGUCCGUCAGAUUCACUGGCAGUGAUGGCUGCAAACCUCUCCAGCAUUCCUUACUUUGGUCAAAGGGGAAUCCGAGGCUUUGCCCGCAGUAUGCCAACCAGCACAGCCAUUGACAGGGUUGCUAAGGCUAUGAAAGUAGCUCUUUACGAAACUCCCACCGGCUGGAGAUUCUUUGGCAACCUGAUGGACUCCGGGAGGUGUUCAUUCUGUGGAGAGGAGAGCUUUGGAACAGGCUCGGACCACAUUCGGGAUAAAGAUGGCCUGUGGUCAGUUCUGGUAUGGUUGUCCAUCAUGGCUGUGCGUAAGCAGGGGGUGGAGGAAAUAGUAAGAGAUCACUGGGCCAAAAUGGGACGCAACUACUUUUGCAGGUUUGAUUAUGAAGGUGUGGAUGGCAGGGCAGCAUAUUACCUCAUGCGAGAUUUGGAGGCUGUGAUCACUGAUAAAGCCUUCACGAGUCAGAAGUUUGCAGUGGGCAGUAGUGUCUACAGUGUGGAGAAAGCCGAUAAUUUUGAAUACAUCGACCCAGUGGAUGGCAGUGUUUCCAGGAAACAGGGCCUGAGAAUCAUUUUUACUGACUCUUCCCGGAUCAUCUUCCGGCUCAGUGGUUCUGGUGCUGGAGCCGGGGCCACCGUCCGCAUCUAUGCCGAGAGCUACGAGAGAGAUCCCGAGAGACAUAGCAGAGAACCACAGGUUGUGCUGGGUCCACUGAUUGCCAUUGCUCUAAAGAUCUCGAACAUCCAUGAACGAACUGGACGCAAAGGCCCCAAUGUCAUCACCUAAGACCAAUCCAGCACUGCACACCAGGGGCCAAAAUCAUGAGACUUCGUCUCCACGCUUUCCUGUUACUGCAACACCGCCAAAAAAUUGCCAGCUGUUUGUUUUGCUGCUGUUUUACCAAUAGAUUUCCCUUAUACUCCUCUCAGUCCUUCUCUAUUUUCCCCAUUUUCGUUAUUUUGUCUGUACAAGGGCCCUCAUUAAGUUAUCACUUAUUUUGCACAUUUAUGCACUCGUGUAAACCACUAUAAAAAAUCGAAUGGGAGCAAAAUUGUUUUUUCUAUGCUCACACAAAAGGUCCUGUUUAGCAAGGAGGUUAGUAGCAGAGCAUGUGUUGAUCAACUAUUGUUUUCAAUAUGCUGAUUUGUAUCAGCUGUGGUUUAAAUUCAAAAUAUUGUGAAUUUGGUGUAACUGUGUGCUUUUGUUUACAGUGUAGCUAAGCUGUUACAAAGAAAUGUAUGAGGGAGCAAUGCUGUUCAGUAUUUACUUUUGUGGAUUUCACUUUAGAAACACAAAUAAUAAUCCAUGUGAUGUGACUGCUAGAGUUUAUAGACAGCAGUGAACCACAACACAAAAUAAUAAUUAUGAACAUGGUCUUGGUUUUGUUGCUUUUAAUCUGUUAACACUGGGUUUUAUUUGCAGUCUUCUGACCACUUUCUGAAAUGUGAAGUCCUGAACCAUUCUCCAAAUGAAUUUGUGAUGUCAUUCAAAAUGAGUACAUAAAAUGUUUUCACUUUUGGGUCCUAUCUGGCAUGUAGCCAAGUAUUACUUGAGUGAUUCUUUUAAGUAAACUUGAACAUACCAAUUUAGGAUAACAUAAAGACUAAGAUUCCCAAUUAAACUCAUUUAACUCUAAUGAUAUGAUUCUUUGAUACAGUGUUUGGUAUAAUUUUACAAUCCUGCAUGAAUCAAUUGUUUGCGUAUAAGUUGGAUUAUGUGCAUUCCAUUGUGAUGAGAGAUCUGUUUUGACUGUUUAGUUUAAAGUACAUUAUUAUUAUUAUAAUAAAUAUAUGACACUUGUGUCUACUGUAUUGCAUAAAUACAUUAAGUAUUUAUUGUAAGUGUUUAAUGUAUUACAAGUGUUUGGUUGCAUUUAACAAUUAACAAAGUUUUUUUUUUUUUUUUUUUUAAUUUUGCAGAUCCUUAAAAUACGAGGUUUGCCUUCUAAAACUGUUUUGAUCUGCACAAUCACCCUGUACUGAUUCUAAGGACUCAAAGGUGAAAAAACUACUACUUAGAUAAAAAGAAAGUAAAAAAAAAAACUUCUUCUUUUUUGCCUCAGCUGUAAUUAAUUUUGUAUCCUAAAUCUUGCAUAAAUAAACUUUAUAAUUUGUG